AAGUUUCCAAAAACCUAUAAACGACGGGAAAGGACAGGUCAUUGUUUUGCAGGACUUUUGGUUGCUCAGAAAUCAGAAUCAACCGGAGUAGGUCGGAUUGGAUGGUAAACCGCUAGAACAAAUACCCUACUAGCUUGUUAACGCUUUGACACAUCCACCUUCUACCAUGGAAGCUCAACCCACAAAAGCACCAUCCUUCUCUUUACCCGUGGAUCCUGCAGACCAAAAGGCCACCGAAUUCCGACCUUUCUCAAUAGCCCCACCCCACAUGCGAGCCUUCCACCUUGCAUGGCUAUCUCUCUUCUCAUGCUUCUUCUCUACCUUCUCCAUCCCUCCUCUCGUCGCCAUCAUCCGCCAGGACCUCAACCUCACCGAAACCGACAUCAGCUACGCCGGCAUAGCCUCCUUCGCCGGCUCCAUCUUCUCUCGCUUCGCCAUGGGACCCGUAUGCGACCUCGUGGGCCCUCGAGUCGCAUCCGCCACGCUCUCUCUCCUCACCGCUCCCGCUAUACUCUCAAUGUGUCUAGUCUCGUCGCCAAACUCCUUCAUUCUCGUCCGCUUUCUUGUUGGCUUCUCGCUUGCCAACUUCGUCGCCAACCAGUUCUGGAUGAGCUCCAUGUUCUCCGGCUGCGUUGUCGGGCUCGCCAACGGCGUGGCAGCCGGGUGGGCGAACAUGGGCUCAGGCGUCACGCAGAUGGUGAUGCCGCUCAUAUACUCCUUCAUCAUGUCAUUCAACGUACCCUCUUCCACUGCUUGGCGCGCUGCGUUUGUCGUCCCCGCCAUUUUCCAAGCACUGACGGCGAUAAUGGUCUUGGCAUACGGCCAAGACCUACCUACCGGGAACUACAAGAAACGUUCCGGCACGACCCCGAAAGAGGACUUGUUGAAAAUUCUCUUCAAUGGGCUCAAGAACUACAGGGGGUGGAUUUUGGCUUUGGCGUACGGGUACAGCUUCGGAGUGGAGCUGACAACUGACAAUAUUAUAGCCCAGUAUUUCUACGACAGGUUUGAUUUGAAUCUUGAGUUGGCCGGGACUGUGGCGGCCAGCUUUGGAAUGGCGAAUUUCAUUUCACGGCCGACCGGAGGGUUGCUCUCCGACGCGAUGGGGAGGAGGUUUGGAAUGAGAGGGAGGCUCUGGGGGUUGUGGGUGGUGCAGACAGUCGCUGGGUUGCUCUGUGUGUUGCUCGGACGAGUCAACUCGCUGUGGGGUUCCAUAGUUGUCAUGUGUUGUUUCUCCGUGUUUGUUCAAGCGGCCAGUGGCCUCACCUUCGGUGUGGUUCCUUUUGUUUCCAAAAGGUCACUUGGAGUGAUAUCAGGGAUGACAGGGAGUGGAGGAACGGUGGGGGCAGUGGUGACUCAGCUGCUGUUGUUUUCUGGCAAUAAAUACUCGAAGCAGACAAGCAUCUCUCUCAUGGGUAUUAUGAUGCUCAUCUGUACUCUCCCAAUUACUCUCAUAUACUUCCCCCGUUGGGGUGGUAUCCUUUGUGGCCCUUCCUUUGAACCCCACAAAGCCGACGGGAGUUAUCACCUGCUCGAAUAAAGCUGUAAGUCAAGAGCGGUUCACGGAUAGACUCGAGUUUGGUGCGGACAGAUUUGACUCAGUCUUCACUCAUUUAAUAAAUGAGUAGACGGUGAACACUAAAUUAAAUUGGAUUAUUAAACGAGUCAAAAACUUAUAAUAUAAAUUCGGCUCGGUUCUUAUGAAUUCAUUUACCUUCAUUUUUAUUAUUUUUUAUGGUAUUAUUUAUAAUUU